AUGGAUUACCGACCCGUAAUAUCAACGUCCCACAUCCUCACACCUCCGCAUUCUUCCAUCGUACAGAGCAGCAGCGCUCGCGGCGACGUAUUCUGGUCGAGCACGCUCGAUGGCCACGGAAAUCGCAAAGUCGUUCUACGCGUUGCAUCAUCCGUCGUGGUGGAGACUAAGAACAUGAUCUCACCCCGAUACAUGUUUGGAGAAGAGUUCGCCAUUUACGAAAAGCGAUCAAAAAAUGAGAAGACCUUGAUAGGCUUGAAGGUAUACAAGUUGGACGAAGUCGAACUCGAGGUUCUGGAGUUGAAGAAAGGCGAUGGCCGCGAUGUGCAAGGACAUAACAACGUUGGACGUCGUGCAGACUCGAUAACACCCUGGAUGUCAGUCCAAGAGUUGACAUCGUCGCUGCCGAACUUGACGCCUAGGGGCCUUGAACAAGGAGCAUGGCCUGAUAACCAGCCUACAAUCAACCUUGAAGCAAGCAAACGCAAGCGAUCAGGCACAGACGAGCUCUCAUAUCAAGAGACUCAAGUCCCAUCACCCAAGAAAUACACAAGCUCAGGCCGUGCUCGAAUGGACCCAGAGCUCGAGCGUCAUCGUGUGGUACCAGAUUUUGACGCCGGACCAAAGUUCACGCCCAUCAAUCGAAUGCCCGUCCACACAGCUCAACCUUUCGACAAUGCUGCACGCAAGAAUGGCUCAUUCGGCUCAUUCUCGACUCCCAAUAUGCACAUCGAGCAUACCGUACAUGAGCGGACAAGCUUCCAAGCUCAGCCAGAGCUGGAUCCGGUUCCUGGCUUAACCCACGCGGUACAACCAGGACAACCCAAGGAACCCGCAGCGCCCACCGAUGUCUCGCGAAUAACAGUCAAUCGGCUGCUUACCCGUGAUCAGCUUCCGCCAGUCCACACUUUUGCAAAUACUCCUUCACGCAUCACUAUCGGAGAACUCCUUGGCCAUGAUCGACUUCAGUCCACGUCGAGACACAUGCAUACCGGCCCUUCUUCGAACGAUGAGAAAAUCUACCCAAACCAGACUGGGUCCUCAUCGGAGCGCCCACACUCUGCCUCCACUCAUUCGGACGGCAAGACGCUCUUUCCACGCUCUGAUGACUCGCAAGAUACUGACGCGGAGCUCCUGCGACAAUUUGGUGACAAAAGUGCUUUGGCAGGAACUCCGUUCGCUCUAGGAAAAUCGGACCUGAAAGAUCUCACCUCGGGGAAGCUCGUGUUUCUACGCAAGUUCGCUGCCGAGAAUGCCCAUCGUUCAAGCAACAAGUGGGUGCAGCAGCACGGACCGGGACCCGUCACCACUGGCUCGGGCGGUGCCAUCGACCAGAACACACUCGCAUCGUCGGAUGGAGCACACAAAUAUCAGCAGCCCACGCCGUUCUUCGGCCGCACAUCUACUCUACCUCCGCUCGGCCAGAACACACUCGCGUCGCCAAAUGGGGUGGGCAACUACCAGCAGUCCACGCCGUUCCUGGGGCGCACAGCUACUCUACCUCCGCUUCCCGACGACAGGCCCACCCUCGCAAAUGCUACCGAGGGGCAGAGACUGAAAGUCAAGUUUGAUCGUCCUGCCCUGCCUAAUGCAACGCAGGAAAGUUCAUCAGCUUCGGACUACUACUCCGCCAAUCAACUCAACCUCGCCCCCAUGCGCGGGUUGUCGACUGGCACAUUGUACGUCGGGAACGCUAGAGCAUCGGGACCGCAAACCUUCCCGGAUCUCCCUUCUUUGGGCUCGUUACAGCUUCCGGAAGCGAAAGGCCCCAGUGAAGACUUAAUGGUGCACGAUGAGCUUUGGGCUUGGGAGGGCUUGCCAGCUCGAUUCUUCAAGCCUAGACGACGUGACUGGGGCUUCAGUGGGAAGGGCUUGAAUCGAUGGAUGAAGCUUGACCUCAUGCGAGGCGUCGAGACGGCUGAUGGUCCGCACGACGUAGGUCUUGUUUGA